UCGCGUUCGCUCCCGGGGUUACUUGGUUUGCCUCGCUCCUGUUCCGUGGGGGUCUGCUGCGCUCUCGCCGGGUCUCUCAGCCUUUUUUUUUUGUCCUGAACUGAAUCCAGGUGGGAGCGGAGAGACACCGACUUAGGUAGACCUAGGGAGACGGACGGACGGACGCAACAGGUCGGCGGCCGGCUGCAGGAGGGGACUCGCCGAGGCGCCUGGCCCGCGACCCCGGGCGGCCACCGGCGGGGACUGCGGAACGCUGUCCGCGGGUCAGGGGAGCUAGCUGGGUGGGUUUUCAUUUCGGCUCCUAUCCCACAUCGCCAUCCAGUCCCCGGGCCCAGGGGUGCUGUUCCAGUCCCAGCUGGCGGAGAGCAGCAGGAGGAUGGUCCACGCCUGCUGCUUGCGGGGCUGAGUCGAGCGCAGGUCCAUCUCCGCGCCCCGGCUCCGGAGCCACCAACUAGUUGGGUAGCUGCAGCACUGAACUUUAGAGGAAUAACCCUUUCCCUGCUUCCAACACUAGUGGAGGAGGAAGAGGGUGGAAGGCUUAGCCUAGGCAGGAGCCCCCGCCACGAUGCUGGUGAAGAAGCCUUCGGGGAAAGGAGGGGUUCGAGAGCCUGGAUCCGAGGAUUCGCGCCCCUCGGGCCAGCGCUGUGGCCGCGCUAUGCCCUCCUCGUGCACUGCCCUGGCGACUCUGCUGUCAGUGGUUGCCGUGACGGCUUGCUUGUACCUUGGAGUGAAAACCAAUGACCUCCAGGCGAGGAUCGCCGUUCUUGAAUCCGCUAAGGCGACCCCUUCCAUUCGACCGCUGCCCGAUACCCUGGAUCAGCUGAAGGCCAUGGUCCAAGAGAACGUGGAGAGACUUCUGGCUCAGAGAUCCUAUGAACAUAUGGCUAAGAUAAGAGUUGCAAGAGAAGCACCUUCGGAGUGCAACUGCCCAGCAGGUCCUCCAGGGAAAAGAGGGAAGAGAGGUCGAAGGGGAGAAUCCGGUCCUCCUGGUCAGCCUGGUCCUCAAGGUCCCCCUGGUCCAAAAGGUGAUAAGGGAGAACAAGGUGAUCAGGGGCCUCGGAUGGUGUUUCCUAAAAUCAAUCAUGGCUUUCUCUCUGCUGAUCAGCAGCUCAUAAAACGCCGCCUGAUUAAGGGUGACCAAGGACAGGCUGGGCCUCCAGGACCUCCAGGCCCUCCCGGUCCAAGAGGCCCACCUGGGGACACAGGGAAGGAUGGCCCCCGCGGAAUGCCAGGAGUACCCGGUGAACCAGGAAAACCAGGAGAACAAGGCUUAAUGGGUCCUCUGGGGCCUCCAGGACAAAAGGGUUCUGUUGGAGCACCAGGAAUUCCAGGAAUGGAUGGGCAAAAGGGUGAGCCUGGGUCACCUGGAGCAUCAGGACAGAGUGGACUACCAGGGCCAAAGGGAGAACCUGGAGAACAAGGAGAAAAGGGAGAUGCUGGAGAAAAUGGUCCCAAAGGUGACACAGGUGAAAAGGGUGACCCUGGAUCGUCUGCUGCAGGGAUUAAGGGAGAACCCGGAGAAUCUGGUCGCCCAGGGCAAAAGGGCGAACCAGGGCUUCCUGGGCUUCCUGGACUUCCGGGGAUAAAGGGAGAACCAGGCUUCAUUGGUCCUCAAGGAGAGCCAGGCUUACCAGGGUUACCAGGAACAAAAGGUGAACGAGGGGAGGCAGGGCCUCCUGGGAGGGGUGAGCGAGGAGAUCCUGGUGCUCCUGGACCAAAGGGGAAACAAGGUGAAUCAGGAGCUAGAGGCCCAAAGGGGUCAAAGGGUGAUCGUGGAGACAAAGGAGAUUCUGGAGCCCUGGGACCAAGGGGGCCACCUGGACAAAAAGGGGAGCAAGGAGCCACAGAGAUCAUAGACUACAAUGGCAACCUCCAUGAAGCUUUACAGAGGAUUACCACCUUAACUGUCACGGGGCCCCCUGGACCUCCUGGACCUCAAGGACUGCAAGGGCCAAAGGGUGAGCAAGGAUCUCCAGGAAUCCCAGGUGUUGAUGGAGAGCAGGGUCUUAAAGGUUCAAAGGGAGACAUGGGAGACCCAGGUAUGCCAGGUGAAAAAGGAGGAAUUGGACUUCCAGGAUUGCCGGGUGCCAAUGGAAUGAAAGGAGAAAAAGGAGACUCCGGGUUGCCAGGUCCUCAGGGCCCUUCUAUCAUAGGCCCACCCGGCCCACCAGGUCCCCAUGGCCCACCCGGCCCCAUGGGGCCCCAUGGACUUCCUGGACCAAAGGGUGAACCAGGGUUAAAUGGUGUUAAAGGAUUGAAGGGUGAAGCAGGUCAAAAGGGUGACAGAGGACCCCUUGGUCUUCCAGGAGCAUCUGGCUUAGACGGAAAGCCAGGACCCCGGGGUGUAGAUGGUCCUAUAGGACCCCAUGGCCCUGCAGGUCCCAAAGGAGAAAGAGGAGAAAAAGGAGCUAUGGGAGAACCUGGACCCAGAGGGCCCUAUGGCCUGCCUGGCAAAGAUGGAGAGCCUGGUCUUGAUGGCUUCCCGGGACCUCGAGGCGAGAAGGGAGACCUAGGAGAAAAGGGAGAAAAGGGGGAAAAGGGAAAGAAAGGCAAAAAGGGGCCCAAAGGGGAGAAAGGAGAACAGGGUGCUCCUGGAUUAGAUGCACCCUGCCCAUUGGGACCUGAUGGAUUACCCAUGCCUGGCUGUUGGCAAAAGUGAUGAAUCUAACUUUCCAAGCAUGAAGUUGUAUAUAUAACGGUCCACUUUCUAUAUUUAUAGUUGAAAACUGAAUAACAAAUUUUGCAAGUCUGAGAUAUGUUUACAUAGAGCUGUUUCUUCCUGCUCACAAUAGUCCACAUGUCCAUCUCUUCUCACGUACAUCUGAAAUUAGCCAAUUGAUGAGACCCGUGAGGGGCCUACGGAAACUCUAGCUCAGUAUCUCUCUGUCUUAUGUGAAGAUAUGUACUUAAAUGGCCAUCAAUGAUAGCUAAUGAUUGCUCUUGCUAUUUUUUCUUACUUUGGGCUUGUUAAAUGCAUGGUCCAAAAGUACCAUGAAAUAGUUUACAUGAAAUUGUGACCAAAUACUGACUUAGCGCUAUGGACAUGCACCAUGCAGACUGAUUUUAAAGUUUGGUAUUACAUUCCCAUUCACCUCUCCGUAUUAGCCCACACCACCCCCUGAAACUGACUAAAAAAGCAUGACUGUGUGCCAAGCCUGCUCGUUGUGUGAAUUCAGAUGUUAGCAUGCUACUUGGCAAGUCCUUUAUUACAUCUGAGCUUUUAUUCCUUUUGUCAUCUCAAGGGGGUUACACCGUGGCUCAUUGCCAAAAAGAGAUAAGUUGGUGGAGAGCGCACAUGGUUGGUGUUGCAUUUUGAGGGAGUUGCAGUCUGUACUGCAGACCCAUGGCUCCCAGUAUUGUGGCUGACAUGGCCACCUUGGUGAAAAUGCCAAGGGGUUGAGCAGAUGGCUGCCAGUGGUUUCUCUUGUGCUGCUCUUGGCAGUGAAGACAGGAAGAGGACCAGUUCAGCAACCUGCACAGCCUUUCGUGUGACCAAGUUGGAAAGAGGUUUACAACUGCAAACACCCAGGACAGCAGACGGGGUUUUUUGUUGUUGUUGUUUUUUAAUAAGCUGACUUCCAGCAAGUGUUGAUCUGGGUGCUUUGGAAAAAUGACAGAGGCAUGUGACACUGUUUUGGAGACAGGAAAUUCUUGAAAUGGUGGCCCCAGUUCCUGAAGACAAAGAGUGUGGACAUCUUGUCAGAGCUCAAGUUGUGAGGAAAGAGCAUGUCCAAGAAGGGGUCAAAGAGAAUCCCCUCUGCUGAGGAAACAGGAAAGCACCCAGUGGUGUCUACCAGAGCUGGUGGGAAAUGUCCCUUCCCUCCCAGAUCCAACCCAUGCCAAACGUUUUCUACAAGUUCUAGAAACAAAGAUUUCUUCUUCUUCUUCCUUCUGUGUUUUCCUUUUUCAUCUCUGAAUCCAGGAAUAUUGAGAAAGUAUUUAUUUCAGGUUGCGUCACAUCGGAUUUUUUUGAACAAUGUUUUUAACAGUAUGUUUUCAGAUCAUAAUUUGAUGCCAACAGUCAACAUGACCUUUUAUUCGUCUUUUAUUUUAGAUAAACGAAGAGACUAUAAAACAAGCUCCAGCUUUGCUUACUCAUUGUAAAUUAUGAAUGUUAAGCAUUUUUCACAACUUUUCAAUUUUUUUACAUGAUGAAUGUAACAUAUAGAGAUUAUCAGUUAAUGUAAAGUCAAGAUUUUAUCACAUUUGAUAGCAUGAACUCAUUUCUGUUUCUUAGGAUUAUAAGCCUUGUUUUUCUAUAUUUAGAUUUCUCUUUCUCUCUCUUUUUUACAUUUCUAAAUGUUUGCCUUCUACACAGACCAAACCUGAGAUCUCAGAAAGCUGUGAAGCAUAGUUGCUUGGAGAGUAUUUUCUUCAUCUACUUGGUCAAAACGUACCUAACCAUAUUAGACUUAGCAUCUCUCUGUCCAAUAAAGAGUGGAUAGCAGGGUUUUUUUGAAAUGCCUUAUUCUAAGUGGAAGGGUCGUGUGAGAAGAAACAUUGUCAGAGACAAGUAGUCACCCUGUCAGCCCACUGGAGAAUUUAAUUUCCCUCAACAAUGUGGUGACAUUUUGGGGAAGCUGUUCAAGUUUUGUAGCUUAGCUUUCACCGCAGGUGAAGAAAUGAACUUAUUGAUUCAUGGUAACAAUAGUAAAGAUAUGAUUUCAAGACAGGGAUUGUAAAGUCAUUAUGCUCUUUUUCAUAUUAUGUAACUAAAUGUUCAAUUAUACAAAACAGUGCCAUCUUUUUUCCUUACAUUAACUUUCAAAGUUAGAUGUUUAAAUGAUUAGAUUAGCCUACUUGGCUGUAUUUCUAAUGACAUUCCACUCCCCUAAACCAAUUCAGUAUUUUUUAAAUAAUGGAGAGCAUUUUCUAACAAUUUAGGAUAAGGUAUUGUUCAAUGUAUGAAACAAUUUGUCUUAAAUUAUUUGGAAAAGCAUGAACACAUCUGACUGGAGCUACAUGAUCGUUAGGAAAAAAACAACUAUAAGGAAAAAAAUCUGGUCACGAUAUUUUGUCUUAACUUCCUUUCUAUUUGUUAGUAGAGGAACUGAGAUUUAUCUCUAUUUAAAACUUGUACAGCUUCAAGUGAGACCCCCUCACAUCAAAUAAGAAGCAUUUCACAUAUGGACUCCAAUCUUUUAAAGAAUACCAUUCUAUCCUGUGUAUACAGUUGAGUUCUGCUCUGUUACUAAUUGACAUCAUCCCUGUUCUAAGGAACUUGCAAACUUCCAUUACUUUUCAUUCCUUGGGAAAACACAGGGAAGAGGGUAGUCCUCUUGGUAAAGUAGAAUUAGUAGUGUUAACCACCAUGGAUAAUUGUGAACUUUAUGUUAUUAAAAUAUCUUAUUUUGUCAACAUAUAGACUCUUCAAGUAAUUUCCAAAUUAAUUAGUGAUAAAUCCUGACUGAUUAUAUAUAUGUUGAUAGAUAACAUUUUUUCUUAAAGAUUUCUUUCAGUUUAUAUUACUGCAUAGAGGAUUGAGAAAAUUAUAUGAAACGUGCAUUGGAAAAAUAAAUCAGUGUCGGGUUUUUACUUCAGAUAAAACAUCUUUAAAAGAUGCAAAUUUUUAUGUGUUUUAGCUUUAAAUUGUUUUCCAUUCAUGUUGGUUGGUGCUAAUAGAUUUUGUUCCUUUUUUCUUUAUGGACAAUGCAACUCUACAUGGACAAUUCAUUUCUGUUUAAUAGCAUUCCUAAACUGUCAGUGUGUGAUUUUAUUUUUAAAGUUCUUUAAUUUGCUCUAAUUAUGGUUCAACGACCAGCCUUUCUUAAGGCAAAACUAUGUUCCUGUAGAUAGUAUGCUAUUACCAGGGCUGUGAUUCCCCUUACUUUAUAUUAAUUUUCGGCAUUGUAUACCUUUAUUAACUUUCAUUCAUUUUAUCUUUUCCAUUUGAUCAUCUUUUAGCUCAUAUAAUCUAGUUAAACUUGACAUAGCCAGUAGUAAAGAAUUCUACACAUGUUCAUAGGGUACUGGCAUGUAAGCAUGCCUACAUUACUCUUCUAGUCUUCAGUUUUCAUUAUCCAAAUCAGUGCUGGAGAUUUUUUUCUUCAUCAUGUUUUUUUUUAUGAUAAAUUGGAAUGUCUUUGAUGGCAUCUAGUUAAAAGUUCUUAUUUUUUGAGCUUACAACCGGUUCAUAGGAUAUCUAAUGAGACAGUAGUAACUUACACACCAAAUAGUUUGUACCAUAUUCCUUUACAAUAUCUCUGUGUAUCUGCUACCUAUCAAAGCCAGCAUUCUGUAUCUAUGGAGAAAUUGUUUUUGAUGUCUUACAUUUUUAUCACAUAGGAAAUGUGUCUAAUUUCUAAAGUCAAUUAUUAUGAUUAAAGCAUAAAAUGUUAACUCCCCCCCCCACCUUGCCAAUGAACACACAAUGCUGUUUAUUGUCUCUCCCAAGGUGAGGAGUUUGGUAUACUUGGCUGAUGGUGGCUUGCCAUCUUCUAAUAAGUGAUCAUGAAAAGAACAUGAAUGUUGUUGACUUGCAAAACUUUGAUUUUCUUCAUUUCUCAAUGAUCAAAUUGUUUUGCUAUGUAACACUACCAAAAGAAUAGAACAUUCUAAUUUCCACAAACAAGAACCCUGCUAUCUCUAGGAAAUCAAGGUUCAAGGAACCUCACAUAUUCAAAAAUACUAAAAACAAUCAUUUGUGAUACUGGCUAUUCAAAUCAUCCAUCAUUGAUAGAAUUAAUAUAUCUGAUCAGUUUUGAUUCUGCUAAACAGUGUUAGAACCUUCAGUUCUGACUUCUAUUUUUCUUAAUGUAUUUUCACUUGGGCUACAUUUGUUAUAUACCCAAGCAGAAAUACUCCUCUAACUUAAAUUUUUUGUUGACUUGUUUAGAUUUUGCUAAUCCAAUACUAGUAAACAUUUUUGAUGGUAUUUUUCACUCCAGUUCACUUGUCUGCAUGGAUUACCUGUGCUGCUUAUAGUUAGAUAGGAAGACUUUGUCAACCUGACCUGUCUUAUUUGAUUUAUUGACAAAGGAAGUACCUAUGUUUCUCAAAACAAGCUGAUGCUCUCAUAUAUCUCAGAAAUAUUAAUGAAUUGGAUUCACAAAAGAAUGUCUUACAUAUGUUGGACAUUUGAGUGAAUAUUCUUUAUAUUGUUGUAAAUGUUUCACUGAGCUUAACAUUUUUAAAAGAUGUAUGUAUCUGAUUUUUUCUUUUGGAAAUAUAUUUUUAUUUGUAUUUUACAUGUUUAAGUUCAUCUCUUUGUGCAGCUAUUUUUAUAUUGCCAAACUCACAUAAAUACAAAAUAAGAGUAAAGUGCCAAAAAAUGGCAAGCAUUAUUUGUGCUUUUUUUUUUUAAUGUUUCAUGGGCCAGUCUCAUGUAAUAAUUGGUUAUUCAAAGAAUGUGUUGUGUCUCUUAACUGUACAUAUGGCACAAACCUGAUCAUCUCAAUAGUGUAAAUAUUUGAAAAAUGGAAUUCUCCCUGUUUGAGUUAUUGUCGUUCCAUUGUAAUUUCUCCACCUUUCAUUACUGAAUCUAAAGACACGUGGAGUUUUGAUUUACAGUUUGGAAAUAGUGGCAUUGUGUUCACUUUCUAAUUUGCUUUUACUUGCUUCUUAAAUUUGUUUUCAGAAUUCCUAGUUUGUGAGAAGUUGAUCUUCAGAAUUAUUUUUACACUAUUUAUGACUUAUUUUCAUAAUGUAAAAAGUGUGUAAUUAUUACAAUAUUAAG